CUGUUAGUGGGUCACAGCAGCCCCCAAACCCGAGAAGGGUAUACAUAUCCUCCUCUUCAACUUCAAGAGCAGGAUGGACGUUUGCUUCUCCUUCAAGAGGUGCGAAUUGAAUAAAUUGGCUGAGAAAUCGAACCAAUUCUCUUGCUUAAGGGUGGAAGUCGGCCGGAAAAUAAUCGGAGAUCGUGGUUAAGCACAGGCCCGCUUGGGCUUCCACAUGCCGACCCACGACCAAUUCUAGCCAAGGGAUUCAUUAGCCGUGAUGAGUUCGAGUUGAAGACAUUCGCUGUUGGGUUUAGGCGCCGGUGUCGGGCCCGUUGGUUGAUUCUACCACCGACAAGGUCAAGAACACCGUACAAUUGGGACCACCAAUUCUAGGUGUAAGCUCGGAGUGAUCAUUUCUAGCCAAACAGCAAACAUGAAUGCAUAUCUCAUUGGAAGGAAUGGGUUUCAACAAACAUUCUGAAAUAGCUGCUGCAAUUGGAGGAAAGAAAGUCAUUUGUUUUGUGCGGCAUUAUAAUAUCGAUUUCCAAGGAGGAAGUAGCCGAGAAUCAAGUGGUAGUGGUCAGUUGAGUAGGUACACUAUCAUCAAAUUGUACACAGAGGAAGAAAUCCAAUCAUCAACCUCUUUGCCAAAUCCCAUCGAUGAAGAAAAUUGCAUUGCUUUUAUAAAGACAACUUCCAACACAGAGUCAGGCAGCUCUUCUUCAGCUCAAGCUGUUCAUACUUACAGCUUUGCAGAUAUUUCCAUGCCAGAAAAACAAUUCUUCAGCCCCAAUACAAGUAUGGUCUUGGAAUCAAUUGCACACAAAGUGGAUGAUGUUGCAACGUCAGGUAAUAUUAAACAAGCAACAAAAAGGGCACUUACUUUUACUGAUAAUGAAAUGGAAACAGAUCUGCGAGCUGGUAUAUUCACUCCACAAAAACCAAAAAUCAAAAGAUGCCCAGUUGCACCAGACAAAAGAGAAACCUCUGCAGCCCACAAAAAGCCUAGAGAAAAAAUUGAAUGAGCCAUGUAAUGUCAAUCUUCAUUGUGAAAGCUUUUGAAUGUAGUAUCGUUUUGCUUUUGGUGUAAUCAUAUUAGUGUUAUUAAGCAUUUGUUACAAAAUGCUUAAUAAAUGCUAAUAUUAAUGUAAAUCCACCUGUUUUGUUGUGUAUUAUCUAGCUAUGCCUUGGCCAAAAUCUUAGGGCAGGAACUUGUUUUGUUGUAUAUAACUUCCAUAUGCCCUUAGAACCAAAAACUAUUGCUAGCUUCAUGCCUUUGGGCCAUAAACUAUUACUUUUGUUAUACCUCAAAUACUCGAAAAUUGGAUAUUAUUUUGAUGCUCAACACUAACU